UUUCAAGUGGAAAGCAUCAAAAUGCGUUUAUGCUUACGAUUAUGUGUGCUGGCUUCUGGAAUUAUUUCGCUUGGCUUGUGGACAUGGAUGCUUAAUGUGUUGUCGUCCCCAUACACAGAGCACAAUGAAACUCCAAAGAAUCCCUUUAUUUCUCAUGACAAAUUUCUUCACGUCCAACAAUUAAGGAAAAAAAAGCUGAGAAAUUUCUGCCUCCAAAAUGCGGAACUCAGCAGCCUACAGGCCAGACGCAAUGCAGAGCAGCUCCUCUCAAAACUUGAAGUGAAUCAUAAUCUUCAAACGGUGUAUUGCAAGGCUGGCGGAACAGAUGUUGGUAUAUGGGAACAGCUCUUAAAAGUGAUCAACAGAUCUGAGAUAACUGUAGAGGCUCCUAUUGUCAACCCAAGUCCAGUAUCACCUUCCAACCAACUGAGUAAUUAUAAUGUAUUUACCCUAGAAACAAUCCUAAGAUCUUACACCAAGAUCCUCUUUGUCAGAGAGCCCCUUGAAAGGCUUGUCUCUGCUUACAUACAGAGCUUUGCUGGAAAUAUCCCUUUCAGUCAAUUUAUUGAUGACUUUCUCUCUUUAAAACCUGAAAACACAGAUGACUUCCAUAAAACAGUUGUAGAUGUGUGUCACCCAUGCUUUAUCAGGUAUGACUACAUAGUGAUGUAUGGUUUCUUAAGAGCAGAGAUCCAACAUCUGAUUAAAAGAAUGAGCCUACCUGAGACUGUAUUAGUUCAAGAAUUUACAGACACCCAAACAAAACAGGCUCACAAGUGGUUAAUGAAGAAUCUCUUAAAGGAACUUAAUGUGCAACAACUUAAGCAGCUUGUGAAGGCUUACUCCUGGGACUAUGGGGCAUUCACGUUCUAUAGGAGCUUACUGUAAAAACAUUUCUUCUAGAUUUAUGACAAGAGACGAGAACAGUUUGAAGACGCUUGCAAUAAAUAGUAAAUUAUGCAAUCUCCUUUCAACAGCUUCUCCAAAAUAUGGCCUACAAUACUUAUAGAGACACUGCACUUAAAAAUGUUCUUCUAUGAAGAGCAGCAUUUAAACAUGGUAACGUUUUUUGUCUUAAAUAGUAUAAAGUAAGAGCUGUUAUACAUUUAAAUUUGGACUAAUAUUAACAGUGUCAGUUGUUAACUUCUUACUCAAGGAGCAUUAGCAGGAAGUAACUGUUAACCAAGUGCCUCACAGCCUAUGGCCAUUAAAAGGAAGCACCUACUAGCCAAAAAUCAUUAGCAGGAAGUAACUAUCAACCAAUAGACAUUAACAGGAUGUGCCUCUCAGCCUAUGGCCAUAAAUAGUAAGCACCCAUCAGAAAAAGCCGUCAUUAGCAGGAAGUAACUAUCCACCAAUGAGCAGGAUUCUCCUAUUAUCAACAGGAUGUUGAUAAUAGGAGCACCCUAGUAAGCACCCAUCAGAAAAAGCCGUCAUUAGCAGGAAGUAACUAUCCACCAAUGAGCAGGAUUCUCCUAUUAUCAACAGGAUGUGCCUCUCAGUCUAUCGCCAUUAGAAGGAAGUGUCUAUCAGCCAAAGAACAUUAGCAAGAAGUAACUAUCAACCAACUAGCAUUAAAAGGAUGUGUCUCUCAGCCUAGCACAAUUAUCAGUAAGUGCCUAUCAGCCAAUGAGCAGUAGCAGGAAGUAACUGUCAACCAAUGAACAUUAACAGGAUGCCUAUGACCACAUAUAAGUCAAAAUAAAAGAUUAAAAAGUACAUUUAA